GUUUAUCAGUUUUCACUAUCACACGCUUAGUAGCAUGCAGCAAGUGUGGACCGCGGAGAAGAAGACAUCAGGCACGCAAUAGGACGUCGCGUUUCAUCGUUCGUUUCCCAUAACAUCAAUCGAGUCUAAAUACUACAGCAAACAUGUCGCCGAACGUGUUGGGUGUACUUUUGCUCGUUGCUUUAACGGUGACGGUUCCUUCCGUCCUGUCGUCAUCUGAAGGGUGUACAACAACUUCGGAGUGUCCACCAAACUUCUGCUGUCUGCUUCAGCCCAUGAGAUAUGCGAUACCCACCUGCGUGCCGGUUCAACAAAAAGGUGAAAUAUGUCGUCCAAACGCCAGCACUAUUACAACCAACCUGACGUAUCCGGACAAUUCCCGUUUGGAAGUUAAAGACAUCAAUUACAUCCUGUGUUCUUGCAUCGACGGAUCGUCUUGCAAUCCGAGAAAGGGCGUUUGCACUUAAAACGCGCUUCUCUUCUUUAUAUCUGUACGCAGAAACAAAUGAUCGAGAUGUUACGACUCAAGGAUUACGAUGACUCGAGAUACAAAACAACAAAAACGCGCUUUUAAAUAUUUUGUGAAUAAGUUAAUAACAUCACACACAUUAAAUUACUUUAUCUGAAACAUGUAUUGUUCAAGCUUGAAGAAAUUGGCGCGCCGACGAGAGAAAUCGUCAUAUCGCAUUGUUGUGUUGUUUUUUUUUUUUUUAUUUGUAAUUUAUAUAUGCAAAGUAUUAUUAUAUAUUUUACUUAUACCGCAGCUUGAUAUAUAAGAUAAAUGCGUUAUAUAUGUGUACCUUUGUUACAGAGAAAAGUUGUUAAAAUAAAAUAAAAUAAAAAAAAAACAAACUAAUUAACAAUCA